AUGGGGAAGCCCUACACCACUUCAGUGCAAGCAGUGAAUGGCUUACAAGUGCACGACCUUGACCUCAGGAACACGAUCGCACUACCUACCGUUUACUCCAAGGAACACAUACCAGUUUUGAAGAAACACAUACCUGUUUCAUCUGACGUUCAAAAAUGGUCUCACCUUAAUGAUAUAUAUCUGCCUGAGAUUGAUGCAAGUGUAGAUAUCCUCAUCGGGGGAAAUGUACCAGACUCCUAUGCACCACUAGAGAUUCGUACCGGUCCUGAUGGAAGUCCUCAUGCAACAAGAACCAAGCUUGGAUGGAUACUUUGGAAUGUCCUCAGACUUGCAAAAGAAAACAGAUUUCCAUCAAUGAGAACAGACAUAACAGUAAAAGCAAUGGAAGAUCUACAGAACAUUAAUACUAUGAUGAAAGACAGCAUGAACUAUGACUUUCCAGAGAAAGCAGCAGAAGAAAGAAAAGAAAUGUCACAAGAGGACAAAGAAUUUAUGAAGAUUGUGACAAACUCUAUUCAUAAAGAAGAUGGACACUAUGUUGUCAAUCUGCCCUUUCGAGACAAGGAUGUCAUCAUGCCUGACAACAGUGAACAAGCCUUACAGCGUUUGAGAGGACUCAAGAAGAAAUUUACAAUGAACCCUCAAAUACAUAAAGACUAUAAGAAGUUCAUGGAAGACAUCCUCAGCAAAGAAUAUGCUGAAAUUGUUCCUCAAGAUGAACUGAAAGGUAAACCAGGCAAAGUAUGGUUUAUCCCACACCACGGGGUGUACCAUCCACGCAAGCAAGGGAAAAUAAGAGUUGUCUUUGACUGUUCAGCAACAUUCCAAGGUGUUUCCCUAAAUAGUAGUUUGCUUCAAGGACCCAAUCUAUGCAACAGCCUCCUCGGUGUUCUAAUGAGAUAUAGACAGGAGAACAUUGCCUUCAUGGGUGAUAUCGAAUCCAUGUACUAUCGAGUCAGAGUGCCAAAAGAAGACAAUGACUUCCUUCGCUUCUACUGGUGGCCGGACGGAGAUUGUAGAAAAGAACCUAAAGUGUAUCGGAUGUUAGUCCAUAUCUUUGGAGCUGUAUCUUCUGCAAGGGACAGUCAGGAUAAGUUUGUCCCAGAAAUUAUAGAAAAGUUGACUGACAACGUCUAUGUAGAUGAUUGUCUGGCAUCCGAAUUGAAUGAAGAAAAGGCAGUAUCAACUGUAAAAGAACUUACCAGUUUGUGCAGUGAAGGCAGCUUCAGGCUUACCAAGUGGAUCUCCAACAGCUCUACAGUAAUGAAAUCAAUCCCACCUCAAGAAAGAGCAAAGGAUGUUAAAGACUUGAACUUGGACUGUGAAGACCUUCCAUCUGAAAGAGCGUUAGGUGUCUACUGGUUUGUGCAAUCAGACACCCUUGGAUUCAAGAUAAAGAGCAAGAUGAAACCAGACACUAAACGUGGCAUCCUGUCUGUGGUUAGCAGUGUGUAUGACCCUCUUGGACUCAUGGCUCCUUUCAUACUCAUUUCAAAACAGCUGCUCCAAAACCUGCAUAAAGAACAAAAAGAUUGGGAUGAAGAUGUUGAUUCAAAGACACAGAAGAUAUGGCAUCAAUGGCUGAAAGAUCUUACCUUGUUAGAAGAUAUCCACAUUCCAAGAUGCUACAAGCCUAUGGAGUUUGGACUUGUAACAUCAUGUCAACUUCACCUUUUUGCAGACGCGAGCAAUGUAGGAUAUGGAGUCGUCGGUUACAUCAGAUUUGUGAAUGAAGAUGAGGAGAUCCAUUGUGCUCUGGUAAUGUCUAAAUCAAGGGUUGCUCCCUUAAAGAAAAUAACCAUACCACGCAUGGAACUCACUGCUGCUACUCUAGCUGUACGCAUGUCAUCCCUUAUUCUUCAAGAACUUCAGGUCAAAGUAGACACAACUUUCUUCUGGACGGACAGCAUGUCAGUGUUGAGAUGUAUCUUUAACACCAAUGCCAGGUUCAAAACCUUUGUAGCAAACCGGAUUGCUGUGAUAAGAGACUGUUCUGAUAUUGAUCAAUGGAGGUAUGUGUCAUCUAAAGAGAACCCAGCAGACUAUGCUUCAAGAGGCAUCAAGCUUGAUAAUGAGCACCAUAUUCAGCAUUGGACGGGAGGACCAAGAUUCCUAUGGCAGCACCACAAGUACUGGCCGAAGCAAUACAGCAACCAAGAACCUCAAGAAGAUGAUCUUGAACUUAAGGAAUGUGUUCAUGCAACCAUCAUGGAGAAGGAUAGCUUCCUAGACAUUCUAAUUAACCACUUCUCAAGUUGGACAAAGUUAAGAAGAGCAGUAGCAUGGAUCAUGUUAACUAUCAGAUGUUUGCGCCAGAGAGUCAACAAGUCUCAAUCCACCAAGAAAGUGAACUACACCAUGAAUGUUCAAGUCCUUGAAGAUGCAGAAAAGCUCCUAGUCCAACACUAUGACGUCAUUCAUGUUGGAGGACGCCUCAAGAAUGCAGAGAUUUCCUUCAGCGAAAAGCACCCAAUCAUUCUUCCCAAGAAAUCUCGUGUAACACGCUUGAUCAUUGAAGAGACUCAUAAGAUUGUUGGACAUCUAGGAAAGAACUCCAUCUUGUCACAUCUCAGACAAUGGUACUGGGUGAUUGGAGCAGGCUCACUGGUGAAGACAAUAGUUUCAAAGUGUGUCACAUGUCGUAAAUAUCACUCCUCUCCAGGACAACAAAAGAUGUCUGAUCUCCCAGAUGAACGGAUAACUCCUGACCUACCACCUUUCACCAAUGUAGGUAUGGACUUCUUUGGUCCUUUCAAAGUGAUACGUGGACGUACCUCAGUAAAACGAUAUGGAGUUGUAUUCACUUGCAUGAAUCUUCGUGCUAUACAUCUGGAAGUGGCUGCCACCCUAGACACAGACUCCUGUAUCCAUGCCAUCAGAAGAUUUGUCGCACGACGUGGACCACCCAAGUUCAUCAAAUCUGACAAUGGUACUAACCUUGUCGGAUGUCAGCGAGAGUUAUGUGAAGCAUUAAAGAACUUAAAAGAAUCAAAGAUUCACUCUGCCUUCGUUGACAAAGGGAUUGAAUGGAGCUUCAAUCCACCUGCAGCCUCCCAUUAUGGUGGAUUCUGGGAGCGGAUGAUUAGGACUGUACGGAAAGUGCUUCAUUGUUUACUACAAGAGCAGAACAUUAAGCUGGAUGAUGAGGCGUUGAACACUUUGUUUUGCGAAGUGGAAUCUAUCAUCAAUGGACGUCCUAUCACUGAUCUGUCAUAUGAUGUGCAUGAUUUAUCUGUGCUCACUCCUAACCAUCUGUUAUACCUACGUUCUGGUGAAAAGAUGCCUCCCGGAACAUUCAAGAAAGAGGACAUCUAUAGCCGUCGACGAUGGAAGCAAGUACAAUAUCUUGCAGACAUCUUCUGGAAAAGAUGGAAGAAAGAAUAUCUACCUCUCCUGCAGCAAAAGCAAAAAUGGAAUCAGAUCAAAAGAAACCUUCAGAUUGGAGACAUUGUGCUAAUUAUGGACAAUACACCACGUAAUGCGUGGGCUCUUGCAAGAGUAACAGAACUCUAUCACGACAGGAAAAACCUUGUGCGAACUGUAAAAGUGAAGACUGCUUCUUCAGAAUUUGUGCGACCUGUUGACAAACUGUGUCUCGUUAUGGAAGACAAUUAG